AUGCACGUCGGUCCGCGAACGACGGCUUCACCUCUGGCUGCACUGCGAAACGUGUUCCCGCUACAAGUCCUCCAAACGUUGGGAUGGUAUCUUUUCUCCGCCUGGUGGUUUAGUGAGAUAUACCUCUGGUCGGCUCCGGAAGAUGCUGAUCUUGGAUGGGUAAAGCUCAGUCGACCUAACAGCCGGCCAGCUCUGAAUGAAAGGUCCAUCUAUCUCCACACAUAUCACAUGAUACUGGCAGUCGCUCAGACGGCUAUUCACUUAUACUACGACUAUGAUCGUCUUCCGAUUCCGAUUGCCAAACGCACUUCGAAGGACGAUCGUACGCAUCCCAUGGAGCCGACAAUCAAGAGGCUACAAUAUGGGAUUAUUGGAAGCGUGAUUGAUGCUUUGCGGAAUGGCUUGAUUGUCACCUUGGCCAGUCCGUUUAUCUAUGUCAUUUUCCUGCGACGCCCGGCUUGGAACUUCUCUCUCUACUUUGCGAAGCUGUUCUGGAACUUUUCGCGGACAGCGGCGGAGCCUCAGGGAGCUGUUCCUCCUGCCUUUUACACGCUAUUUUACCGCCAGAUUAUCUCGGGAGGAUGUCUUGUCUUCCUGUGGCAGACAGCGAAUCUAUUCUUCACCGUCUUCCUCACUAAAGAGCCAUUGAAACGAGGACAACCACUUACCAAUGACUCUAAGGAUCCUACUGGAAGCUUGAUUAAUGGACUUAAAGCCAAGAAAGAUAUUGCCAAAAAUUUCGCUUUCUGGGAACUGUGCUUCAUAAGCCAGCGUUUUCCCGAUCGCCGCAAAGCGAUUUUUGAGGAUCUUGAUCGUGUCAACGGAGAAGCCUGGAAGCAAGUGCUACAAGCUUCAAUUGAUACCAUCGAGGGUGUCAGUGGUCGUAUUAACAAAUUCAAAACACCACCGGCUGCAAAAACCGCCAAGGAUACCAGCAUCGCGUAUCCUCAAAUUCAAAGUCUCCCUCAAUUGACUGACGGUCCUAAACAAGACAAUAUCUUCGCACCAUCGCCAAAGGCGACCGGAUUUGGACAAUCAUUUGGAGCGACGGCAAAGUCUUUUGGACAGUCAAAAGACUGGACACCCGCCGCGAGAGCCAAAGCUAAAGAAGCGUUCAGCCAGGCAUCAGAUGCUUUGCUAAGCCCAGAGCGCAAGAAGAAGCUUCUGGGUGCACCAGAUGACGUCAAACUACUUACCGGGCCAACGGGAACCUCGAAGUCAUCUUUCAACUAUUCUUCCAUUCCAUUCGUCUCGCAAUUUCUUCGAUCUCCAAUCGGCAAGCCCUUUAGGCAAACAUACGCCCAACGCCUGCGCGGCAUUGUCUUUGGUGAACCGCAUGGCCAAGUUGCCUGUGUCAUCGACGCGAUCGAGUCUAUAACCAGACUUCUCAUUGCCAGUUUGGAAGAAGACUCAUUCGGCCAAGUCUCUAAGGACGUACCGACUAUAGUUCGUCUCUACACCUCAACCAUCAUCACAUUAGAAGAUUUCGUCCAUGAAGACACCGGACUUGGUAUUCACUGGUCGGAUGUUACAUUCCCAUCAGCCAAUAGUAGCCCUGAAGUACGAAGGAAAGCAAGAGAGGUUCCCGAAGUUGAUACUGUGCUUUACAUGCUCAGAACUUCUCUCUCUGAGCUUCUCACCUCCUUUGAGCGAUACAGUCGAGACGUGGGACUGCAAGCUAAGGACAUCAGGCUUGCAAAAGCAGCAGCGGGAUUGGUGGGUGAUGACAAUAACGAUAACGACGAUCCUUUCACCUCCUAG